ACGAAUCCUCCGACCCUUUCUAUUCCCUCGAGUGCACGAAGCGGCUGGUUACGCUUCCGUUCGACUGGUGACUUCCCUUUCUUUGUUUCGGCUUACAAAAGCUCCGUCGGCUCCUCUUCGAGUCCUCCCCAACUGUUUCACCAGUGAUACCCAGUAACCGUUCCGACAACUACGCCAGUUGCAACCAUGUCCAAAUCUUCGUCGAGGAAAGUGAACUUUAACGUUUCGGAGCAUUAUGAUAUUCAGGAUGUUGUGGGAGAGGGUGCUUAUGGUGUUGUAUGUUCCGCAAUUCACAAACCAAGUGGUCAAAAGGUCGCCAUCAAGAAGAUCACCCCCUUCGACCACUCCAUGUUCUGCCUCCGUACCCUCCGAGAAAUCAAACUCCUGAAAUACUUCGACCACGAAAACAUCAUCUCAAUCCUCGACGUCCAAAAACCCAAAUCCUUCGACUCCUUCUGCGAAGUGUACCUUAUCCAAGAACUCAUGGACACAGACAUGCACCGCGUUAUCCGCACCCAAGAUCUCUCGGACGAUCAUUGUCAAUACUUUAUUUACCAAACGCUGCGUGGGUUAAAAGCGUUGCAUUCGGCGAAUGUCUUGCAUCGGGAUUUGAAGCCGAGUAAUUUGUUGUUGAAUGCGAAUUGUGAUUUGAAGAUUUGUGAUUUUGGGUUGGCGAGGAGUGCGGCGAGUACGGAGGAUAACCAGGGGUUUAUGACGGAGUAUGUUGCGACGAGGUGGUAUCGUGCGCCUGAGAUCAUGCUCACAUUCAAAGAAUACACCACGGCUAUCGAUGUUUGGUCCGUGGGGUGUAUCCUUGCUGAAAUGCUCACGGGAAAGCCGCUUUUCCCGGGGAAGGAUUAUCACCACCAACUCACGCUCAUUUUGGAUGUCCUGGGCACACCCACCAUGGAAGACUACUACGGCAUCAAAUCCCGUCGCGCGCGGGAAUACAUCCGCUCCCUCCCAUUCCGCAAACGCGUCCCCUUCUCCGUCCUCUGUUCAAAAGCAAACCCCCUCGCCAUCGACAUGCUCGAGAAACUGCUCACAUUCAACCCACUCAAGCGGAUUACUGUCGAGGAAGCGCUGAAGCAUCCGUAUCUUGAGCCGUAUCAUGAUCCGGAGGAUGAGCCUAUGGCACGGCCUAUUCCGGAGAGUUUCUUUGAUUUUGAUAGGGUUAAGGAGACGAUGAGUAAGGAGCAGUUGAAGGGGUUGAUUUAUGAGGAGGUUAUGGGUCAUGGGGGUGGGCAGGCCUGAGCGAGAGCUUGCGAGCGUUAGCGAGCCCGGGCAUGAGCUUGAGUGAGUGAGAAGGAGUGGGAGCGAGGAGGGUACAAGCUUCCUGGAGAACUUGCUGGUCACUUUUUUGAUAUUUUAUGGGCAGAGAGUCGGCUGGACCCGGAGAUCUCGAGACAAGCACGGCUUUUGGGGCAUUUUGGAGUAGUU